UCUGGUUCCUGUAUUAUUGUCAUGAUGUCCCACCCCUACACUUCCUCAUGCUAAUCCUACGGCAGCCAACAGGGCAGAUUGAAGGUGGGACCAAAGAGGGCAACAAAGCACGGCUUGGAAAUCAUUUAGCUUUUUAGUCAAUCACCGGUUAUGGCAGCAAUCAGGAAAAAACUGGUCAUAGUGGGAGAUGGAGCCUGUGGGAAGACCUGCCUGCUCAUUGUAUUUAGUAAAGACCAGUUUCCAGAGGUCUAUGUGCCUACGGUCUUUGAAAACUAUGUUGCUGACAUAGAGGUUGACAGCAAACAGGUUGAGUUGGCACUGUGGGACACAGCAGGCCAAGAAGACUAUGACAGACUGCGCCCACUCUCUUAUCCAGACACUGAUGUUAUUCUCAUGUGUUUCUCCAUCGACAGCCCUGACAGCCUUGAAAACAUCCCUGAGAAGUGGACUCCUGAGGUGAAACACUUCUGCCCAAACAUUCCUAUUAUACUUGUGGGGAAUAAAAAGGACCUGCGCAAUGAUGAACAUACCCGCAGGGAGCUUGCCAAAAUGAAACAGGAACCUGUAAAGCCAGAGGAUGGACGGGAUAUGGCCAACAAGAUUGGUGCCUUUGGAUACAUGGAGUGCUCUGCUAAAACAAAAGAUGGUGUGAGGGAAGUGUUUGAGUUGGCAACCAGGGCUGCACUACAGGCCAGACGGGGAAAGUGUAAGAGUAAAUGUGCCCUACUGUAAAGGUGGCUAUGAGGACUGAUUCCUACAGGGGUACAGAGGAAAAUAGGUCAAACUUAGCCCCAAACACACUCACAAGACUGUUUGCGCCAGUUUUUUACUUGUGUAAUGCUUUUAUUUUAUUUUUCUUAAGCAAAUGUAGUCAAGUACUGUCAGUAUUCAAUUUUGAGGUCAUGGAAAAAAAAAUUUUUUUGUAUUUUUAAACAUGAUUAAGUUUGGCAUAAAGAAAUCUUUUUAUCUACAUAUUUGGCCAGGGGACCUGCUGUCAUACCUGCUAAAGAGUUAAGUGCUUAAGCCCCGCCUGCUGAUUUGAAGAAUGUUUCCACAGCCUACUGAGACGAAGUAUCAAUACACUGUGACCUGUAGUCUCAUUUCAACACAUGCACACUUGAACUCAAAAUGUGUGUGCACGCUUCACCAUAAGGGAAGACUGGAAACUAAAAAACACAAAUGUAAACUUUGUGUAAUAAAUUUCUUUGUAAGAAUCUU